CAGUUCAACACGAUCAUCAAGAUCAUUGAUGUGAUUUAUUUCGUGAAAAAUCGUAAAACUGCAAAACAAGAAGAAGAUCAGCUGUGAACGGAUAUUAUCUAUUCGAUACAAAUGAUACAAAACUGAAAUUUCAAGGAUAUGGAAUGCUUUAAUGGCAUUGUAAUGCUCAAAACACCUUGAAGGCAUUUUUCCCCUUGAAAGGAUUUGUCACCAACUGAGCCAGCAAUCAGAUGGGGCAUUGGUCAUUCUACAUGUUAAAAGGUCAUGAACAUGCAGUAAUACUAAAAUAUCUAGAUCGAGAGACGAAAGCACCUGAGGGCUUUGAUCGAUGUUGAUUUUCACACUAGACUGGUGCAUGCAGAUACUGAUGUCAUGAAUAUUCAGAACUGUAGUUAUAGAUUCAGAGACAUAAUGAUCCUGUACCUCACAGCUGUUUUGGUUCUGUUAGUGAAAUCAACAUUAUCCCAGUCAGUCGUGGAAGUUGUUGGAGCCACUAAUGAUACAAAUACAAUCAAUGUGCAAAAAGGGGAAAAUUUGACCUUGACUUGCAGAAGUGACCUUGAAUCAUUGACCUUGGAAUAUGCAUCUGUCAUUUACAGUGACACAAAAAUGAUUAAUGGUUCUUACACAGUUAGUUUCACUAAAAUAGCAGUGAGGGAUGAUGACAACCAGAUAGUUACAUGUAGAGCUACCAAUGCUACAGGUGAAAGUUUGAAAAUUGAAGCCAAGGUCAGAGUUCAAGUUGAUGUGAAAAUUACCCUCAACGGAGUCAAGAACCUUACAGAAGGUGAUACAGCAAACAUCUCCUGUACAGUAUCAGGCUCUCUGUAUGAGCCCAGUAGUGUGAUGUUUGUAUGUAUUUCUUCUGCAUGUACCAGUCUUAUGAACCAGACAUCCCAGACAAUAAACACAGUAUAUGACAAUGCAUCAGAGACAUUCACGACAGUUCUUCAGGCCGCUCCAUUCUCAGUGACCAGCGAUUUGAAUGAAGUGUGGAUAAUUUGCCCUGUCUCCUUAAAUGGUUCAGUUCUAUUUAGUAGAGACAAUGUGUCUGUGUUUUAUGGACCGUACCAGGACAGUGUAUAUUUGACCGGAUCCUCAGAUUGGUAUGAGGGAUAUCCUGGAGGAUUAACAUGUUAUUCAACCUUAAGUAACCCAGCAGUGACCCUCACCUGGUACAACGGCUCCACCGUAUUCAGUCCCGACACACCUGUGUCUGUUAUAAAGAGGAAUAGUGCAUAUGGGUACUAUGAAACUCGCCAGGAGUGGGAUUUCAAAUACAGUAGGUACUUCUCUGGAUCCAAUAUCAGCUGUGUAGCCACAGGACACCAAAACAAAACUGUCAUCAAAACCAGGCAGUUUGGAGUUAUACACUUUGCUCCAGAGCUAGUUAUCUUGGGAAACUCCAUCAUAGAUGAAGGAGACACUUUGAAUCUGACCUGUGAAGUGAUUGCAGCCAGUCCUAUGACAAAUGCAUCAUGGGGACCAAUUUCUGAUGGAAGUGAUGAAUUAGUAAUAGCUAAUGUUCAAAGAAAUCAAGACGGAAAUUACUACAAUUGCUUUGCUGAGAACUUGGUACGCAAGUCCUAUAAAGAUGUCCGUCUUACUGUGCAGUAUGGACCAGAUAUAAAUCUUUCAUGGAUAAGAACAGUAAAUGAAGGAACCAGUCUGACAAUUCAACCUUAUAUAAGAGGAAAUCCAGAGCCUGUAAAGUUUACAUGGAAGAGAGAAGGAAGUGAUGCAGUGGUAUCUACAGACAAGAAUCUUUUGCUGGAAAAUGCCACCAGGGAGCAGGCUGGGGUGUACAUCUUUGAGGCCACCAGUGUCAGACAGCGAGAAAACAAUGCCACCGAGGAAGUCACAGGGAAUGCUUCUAUCAUUGUAGAAGUCAAAUAUGGACUAGGAGAGACAUUGAGCCUUUCACCCAACAUAUCAAUGAUAGAAUUCAAUGAGGGGGAUCCUGUGCCCCAGAUCACCUGUUUAGCAGAAUGUGUGCCCGAGUGUGAUUUCAAAUGGAAUCAAUACUACAGGAACACCAUGAGACACCGCUCAAUUAAUGCUGUACUUGACCUCGGCAAUGCUUCCUCUGCUCUGGUCGGAAUUUACAUGUGUGAAGCAAUUUAUAAUGGUGAUCAAAAUAGAAUUAGGAGAAAUGUGACCUUUGAACUUCGGGUGAAAUACAAACCAAAGAUAGAAUCUGUUGCUGUUAACGACUUCAACAUAAACCUGUACAGUGAGGGUACCCCAAUCACAACAACAGCUAAGGUCAGGGCCUAUCCUGCUGCGAAACUGACCUGGGGCAUCAGGAAUGACCAAUUUACCAACCAAUUUUUGCCACUUGACUCUCGAUACAGUGUCAACCAAUCAGUAGAGUGUUCAUAUGACUGUGAAGUCACAGAGACGCUGACUCUUAGCUCCGCCUCCUGUACUGAUACAGGAAACAAAUUCUCUGUGUAUGCUGAAAAUGAAAAAGGAAAUUCGACAGUGCAAUCUGUAUUAAAUAGCAUUUAUGUGGGAUGCAGUCCUCGUCCAUUGAACAGCAGUCUGACCAAUCAGACGUACAGUACCUGUGAAGGGGAGGAGCUAAACAUGACAGCCUCAUUUCUGUCUAAUCCGGGACCUUGGAUGGGGUGGUACCUGUCUCCUGAUACAAGUGGUAUACCUCUGUAUUACACAGAUGAACGCGGAUUUGGUAGUAUUAUACACCACACAAAUUACCACAUUCCCUUUGUAUAUAAGUAUAUGUUUGGAGCCUGGAUUGUUGAGGCAGAGAACUAUGGAGGAGGUCCAGUUGGGAGGGCCUACAUUGAAGUAGUUCAGCAUCCAAACUGCUCAGGUAAUGUGCAUUCCACUUUCUCAGUACCUCAUACCACUACCUCAGUCCAGUCUACAACUUUGAGUGCUGGCAACAUGGCCCCCUCCCAGGGGUCGGGUCAGACAGGGGUCAUUGUGGGGUCAGUCAUAGGGUCCCUCCUGUUGAUAGCCAUUAUUGUAGGUGGAGCCAUAGUUUUUAUGAGGCAUCGCAAAAAUCAAAAAGGAAAUAUAAAGCUUCACCAGUUUGACCUAGGAAUGACCAGAAAGACAUGACAGAGAUUAACAGUUGUCUGCAUAAUGAUUAUCCAUAGAAAAGUGAUGCAAGGUUCAUGUUUUAUGCAUAUCAUAUGAGUUUUUAAAACAAUCUUUUGUUACUUCAUAUGGGAUACCAUAUUAUUUGGUACUUUCCAUGAGAAAAAAAAUCAUCUAAAAUAUCUAAAAUGUCAGCAAAAUUUGAGCAUUUUUAGCGCUCAACAGAAACAAUCUUUGUAAAUAAAUUUCUGUUUGUUUGUUGCAGGUUUUUUUUCAAUAGAUUUUUUAGUUUUCAAUAUCCAUCGUAGGAGACUGCAUAAUUUCAUAGUCUUAUUCCACUAAGCGUUAAUUUUAAAAGUCCCCUUAAAGUCCCCUGUUUACUUGUAAGGUUUUUUUCAGUAGGUGUAUAAAUGUUGAUAUAAUAUGCAACACAUGUAUUGAUGUAGUAUAGAGUUGAAUGAAGUUUACUUAUGAUCCCUUUAUACACUUUAUCUGAAGUACAUAUGUAGUGUGUUUAUUUAAAUUUUUUUAUUUUUUACUUUAACUACAUCUUUUUCUAAGUUGAAUUUUGAACUUUUUUGAAAAAUUGAAUAUAUACAAGAAAAGAAAAAAAUAUUAAUUUAUGCUUUAUUUGCCUUUUUGCACAAUUUUAGUCAUAAAUUGUGGCAUGUUUUGAAAUAUGUUUUCUAUUUCCACCCAGUACACAUAUGGAAUACAAAUCAGGUGUCUAUAAUUAUUGUGGAUCUUUUAAAUACUAAGAGGUUAAAUUGUUAUUUUAUUAUUUUUUAAAGAGGUUUUAGAGACAUUCAAGUAUGGUUGUAAUUUUAUAGAAAAAGUUGUAACAGAAACUCACAUUGUAUAACAUGUCAACAUUUUUUAGAGGUACAUGUAAUUGCUCACCACUUUUUCAUGGUCAAUUUAUUUUAAGUCAAUCUGUCACUUGAGCAAAUUUGUUUUGAAUUUUGAAGAACAUGUUCUAUAUUUCCUGGUGCUUUACAGUAAUAGGUUGAUUUAUUGUCAUACACUGUGCAGAUAUUUUCAUUAACAAUAGUCAGUUGUGUCUUCAUUAUAGUUUUCUUUUAAAUCGUGAAUUUUGUUAUAUUAUAAAUUGUAGUUUUUCAAUGUUUCAAGGUGCAAGCCCCAUUUACCAGAAUUCUCAUAAUAUGUUGUUUCAAUACAUUUGUUUCUCUUUUUCCAUUUUUUUUUUAUAUAAGAAAAAAAGUUGAGUGGACAUAAACUUUUCUAGGGCACUUGUUGAACUUUUUCUCAGAAUGUAUGAUUGUUGUUCAAUACCCCAAGUUUUGUAUCAAUUUACAAUGAUUUGUGAUUUUACCUACCUCAAGUUGAACAUGAAUUGUAAAUUGCCUGUACACAGUUUCUAAAUUUACUUUUUUAAUAAUUGACAUAUCGUUAUUGAUCUGAAAUUGUUUUAUAGGAAUUUGAAAUUGAUUACCAUAUUCUUUAAUUUAAUGUCAAUUUUGGUUGUGCUCAUAUCUUAACCUAUACUCAUAUUUUCAAUUAACAAAGAGAAUCUAUGAAUAUACACAUAAUACCUCAUACCAUAUUAUCACAUAUAUAUACAGUGGUUUUUAUCAAUAAAAGUUACGUUUUGUUAA